ACUGUUGCCGGAAACAGCUGAUUUUUCUGUCAGUUUGUCACAGGUGUCAUAAAGAUAUUUUGUAAACAAUCAAAUCAAAGACUUUUAGUUAAAAUAAACGAGUCCUAGAUUUAAUAUUGUUAAUGUGAAGAAUUGUAAUUUUUUAUCUAUAAUAAUCACUACGUAAUAAAACGGAAGACUAUCAUAAAAUCUUAUUAUGGCUAUACCGAUAAAUGAAUUGAUUUGUAGGCCGAUAACAUCGUAUAGCGAAAUAAUGGAAUUUCUUCAGAAUCCUCCACCCUGGCGUUCACUUUGUGAGGAAUUAGUUCCCCACAGCGAGUACGCGAUAGUCAAUGCAAGUAUUUGUGAAAGUGGAAACCAGUCCGCUGAAGAUUCAGCAGUGAUGACAGCGGAAACGCCGCCGGCUUUUUGUCACUUCCAGCCGGAAGCGGAAAUGGUCAGCCGUGAAGUGAAGGGAAAUCUCCCGAAGACUUUGGUUUGCCACGAUAUGGCCAACGGAUAUCAUGACGACAGCUUUAUCUCUGGGACGCGCGGCGCGGACGCCUACUCGCUGGUGCACUGGGCUGGCGUGGACGUGUUCUGCUACUUCAGCCACCACCUCGUCACCGUGCCGCCGCUGGGCUGGAUCAACGCCGCGCACCGGCACGGGGUCAAGGUCAUCGGCACGGUGAUCACGGAGUGGGGCGGCGGCGCGGCGCUGUGGGCGCGGCUGCUGGCGGGCGGCGAGUGGCGGCAGUUCGCCAGCGCGCUGGUCGCCAUCGCCAAGCUCAUGAAGUUUGAUGGCUGGCUGCUCAAUAUCGAGAAUGAGGUGAAGCGUCCGGACGUGCUGCUGCAGUUCGUCCACUACCUGCGCAGCAUGCUGCACGCGGAGCUGCCCCACGCGCUGCUCGUGUGGUACGACAGCGUCACCGUGCACGGGCAGCUCAAGUGGCAGAACCGGCUCAACGAGCUCAACGAGCCGUUCUUCCUAGCCUGUGACGGCAUCUUCACGAACUACUCGUGGCGCGAGGCGGACGUGGCGGCCAGCGCCGCGCGCGCCGGCGCCCGCCGCACCGACGUCUACGUGGGCAUCGACGUGUGGGGACGGAACUUCUACGGGGGAGGCAUGUUCAAUACUGACCAGGCGGUGAAGAUAGCGCACAAGCACGGCUGCUCGUUGGCGAUCUUCGCGCCGGCGUGGACGCGCGAGGCCGUCCCGGACCCCGCCCCGGACCCCGCCCCGGACGCCCCCGCCCCGGAUGACCCCUCCCCGGACACGCUGCAGCAGUUCCUGCUGCGGGACCGCGCGCUGUGGGGCUCGCUGUGGCCGUGGCUCUCCACGCGGCUGCCCGCGCGCCUGCCCUUCACCACCUCCUUCUGCAGGGGGCAGGGCUGGCAGCGCUGGGAGUAUGGACAGGUGGUGAGCUCGGAGCCGUGGUUCAACCUGCGCGGCAUGCAGUACCAGCCCAACUCGGCGCUGGGCCCGCACGGCUACACGGUCACCUCGCUCGGCGUCGCCGCGGACGUGGCGCGGGGUCUACAGGGGGGGAGGGGCGCCACCGUGCAGCUCAGGCAGGCCAUUGUCUCCAUGGAGUCUAGCAGCGACCUGGCUCUUGAAAACGAAGAGGAGGAUAACACAAUCAGCAUAAACCGAGGCACCAUCAGACACCUCGUGCGGAAGAAGCGCGCUCCGGGCAUCCCUGCUGACGCCACUCCCUUGAUAGUUAAAACAUACGAUCGACUCAUACGCCUGACAGAGAACCUGUCCCUGCAGGGUGUCAGCACCGACACCACUAACCUGGCGCUAGUCGAGCUGCCAGACGAGAAGGAAUGUCUCCAGGUGUACUUUGAGGAAAGUUUCUUCGGAGGCUCCUGUCUCCAGAUCAACCCGUCGGACGAAGUGUCUCCGGAGCACAGAUUGAUCAGGCUGUUUCAUUGCGACUUCGAGGUGAAGGAUUCCCUGAUCGUCUGCGUGGUGACAAAGACUCUGACGGACUACCCCGAGCAGUCCUUGGACUUGCAACUCCUAUUCUUGCACGGGACAGGAGCCACCUCCAGAGUCGUGCUGAAGGGACAGACUGAUGAUGAAGAUGUAGAGCCAGAUCCUGAUGUGAUAAACGUGUUUGCGGCGAACGCGACUCGUGACAAUGAACUAUUUGGUGAAAUACAAAGAUAUUUGCUGAAACAUGAACCGGACUUUUAUGUUUCGACUGAGAAUAAUAACGACUGGGAUGUGAGGUACUACGCGGUAGUGGCGGCGGGGCGGCUGGCGUCCGUGAGCCUCCGCACGCGGUACCCGGACGCGCCCGUGCUGCUCGGCCACUUCGGACUCGCGCACAUGGACCAGAUACAUUCAACCGCUUCUUCACAUUCCUCAUCACAAAAUGUUUAAUAAGUAUAAGUACAAUCAUUUAUUACGUUACCAUUGUAUAAAUAUAUUUUAUGUAAAUAUAAUGAAAUCCUGUUAUAAAAAUACUUACAUAGUUACAUAGCUGAUUGCUUAUGCUAUAAAUAGAAAUGUCUAUAUUUUUAUCUGAAAGUAUUUUUAAGCAAAUAUAUUUGUAUGUUUCCAAGAG